AGCUAUGAAAGAAUGAAAUAGUAUAAUGAUAAGGAAUAUGUCCUCAGUCCAAGAAAUUGCCAUGAGGUGUAAAGUCCUGUUCUGUUUAUGGCUGCUGGGCCUAAUAAAGCCAGGUUUCUCUGCAGAAGUUUCUGUGCCCCCGGGUUCCUCAGUUGUCCUCAACUGCUCUUUUACAUUGUCGCCUAUUGUUGAUAAUUCUCUCCUAAGCAUCACAUGGUCCUUCAACGGUUCAGUCAUUGCCUCAAAGAACCACUCUCAACCAGGCUUUUUCUUGAAUACCACCGAUUCCUUUUUUGGCUCUUUCCCACUGACUGUUUACAAUACCACUCCAAAUCAUCAGGGGGUGUAUGAGUGUAGCAUGAGCUACAAUGAUACAGACUACUCCACAGAUGUAACGUUGACAAUUUUAGUUCCCCCUAUGGUUUUCAUCAGUUCACUUGACAUGGUUCUAAAAAUAAAAGGUGAGAUUGAAUGUUGGGCAAAGGGGUUUAGUCCUCCACAAAUAAUGUUUACAUGGACACGUGCAGAAGAGAAAAUCCCAGCACCCUACAAGCUGCUGGUGAACCGUACAGAGGAUGGCCUUUAUGAUGCAGUGAGCGUUUUGACCUUCAUCCCUAACCUUUCUGACCAAAAUACAACCUUUGGCUGUGAGGUACAGCAUAAAGCACUGGUGAAACCAACCACAAUGAAGUUUAAGCCACGUGUAAUUGUGCUUCCAAAGGUUACUCUAGCUACUGUCCCCUCCGGUACUCACACCUCUCUGCUCACCCUCUCCUGUGACAUCACUGGUUUUUUUCCUCACAACAUAUCUGUUCUAUGGAUCCAGAAUGGGGAAGUUCUUCCUGAGCAUUCCAAGGCUGUACAGAAUGAGGAUGGAAUGUACAGAACACAUCGGUACCAUACCCUGAGUCUUGAAGAAAGGAAAAAGGGAGGAGAAGUGCAGUGUGUGGCCCAGCAGCCCCAUGUGUCCGAACCUGCCUAUGGAACCAUUGACCUAUCCACUGUGGACCCACACGUGCAAAAUCCUGGACUAAAUAAAUCAGCAAAGGCUUCAGUGGCACUGAUGAUCAUUUCACUUACACUUGUUUUCUUGCUCUGCUUUGGAUUUUCCUGGAAGAGAAGAGAUGAGAAGCUCAAGUCUCUGAAUAUAUCAGCAAUCGUUUUACCACCCAGGGUGGUUGUGGGUAGGAAAGGCAGAGUCACAAUCAGUGUAGAAGGCAAGUUGGCAGACAGAGUACAGACGGCUUGGUUCCUAAAUGAUGUCCCUAUAAAAGACACUUCAUACACAGGAGAGAAAAAAUAUGGUCAUUUUCGUUCAGCAACCUACACUCCUCACAACUCUCAUGUGUCUGUAGCAUCAGAAAAAGGUCCUCUGCUAUCCUCUACUGCUGCAGGAUAUUACAAGUUACACACUCAGCUGCCACUGCGAUCAUCCUCUGGCACAAACAAACAGCUCUUCUCCUCUCUCACCUUCAUACCCAAUCUGUCCAUACACAAGGGAGCAGUCUUCAAAUGCCGGAUCUCAUAUAAGGGCAAAGACAAGACUGUGGCAGAAAGAGUAUCUGAUAAAUUUACUAUUCUAGCACCACCACAAGUUUCAGAGAUCCAGUUCUCAGAACCAAAUGGUGACGGAGGUGUGGUGACAAUGACAGCCCAGGCUGCUCACUUUCAUCCAGACAUCAUCACCUUUCGCUGGUUCUGUCAGGGAGGGGAGCUGUGUCCAGUUUCUGUCCCUCCGGCUCUUUCUGCUCCCCGGCCUGAUGCUGAAAGUUUCUUUUCGGCAAUGAGCCAGUGCAGACUUCCCAAGGCAGAGCUGGAAAGAGGAGAGACCCGGGUGUGGGUCACUGUUCACCACAUGGCCCUGAAACGGCCCAUCAUCCGGGAAACCAGAGGGUUCAUAAAAAACCCCACCAUUUCAGAAAUCACCCCCUCUUCCCAUCCAUGCACUAUGGAAAGACCCUUGACCCUUGCCUGUGAUAUAACAGAUUUCUACCCUCCUGAAAUCUCAGUCAAAUGGCUGCAUCUAACAGGGUAUGUGAUUGAGGACAAAGAGGAAACCAAGGUGGAAAUAAUGGAAGGAUCUGAGCUUUGGGGCCCUUUGCAAAAUCUGCCCAGGACAUUUCGCACAAAGGCAAUCUUGAAGAAUGUGGAUAAGACAAUAAGGGGAGGUGAAAUCAUGUGCAGAGUAUCCCACUGCUCACUUCUGAAGCCCAUUGAGAGAGUCUGGAAAAAUAUUGUUGUUCCAUCCAUACCCUCCUCUUUGUCCGUACGCUGGGGCAGUGACGGUGUCAGAAUAUUCUCAAUACUACUUGUUGGAGGAAACCCAAAUGCUGAAGUGCUCUGGGCUGCUGGUGGUGCAACUUUCUUCAAACUUUUGUCAAAAGAGACAGAAAAAAAUAACAGUGAUGGGAAUGUAGAGCUUAAGAGUGUUUGUGCUGUGGUGAAGUCACAGGAAAGUCGCAGAGGAGGACACACGCACAAAAUCAGGCCACCUGUUGUGGACCUUAAUGCAGAAUAUGAAAUGAUGAAUACAUUGGUGGGUGAAAUGAAAUCAAUAAAAGAGGAUCAACAGCCGGAACAAAAGGAGCAUAUACAAAAAAAUAAUACAGAAGAGGAGAUGCAACUGGAUUCGUCUUGUAUUAACAGUGUGAGUCUGACUGAUAAAAGACAGGAUCUAAGUGUGACUGUGGAGAUUACCCAUCCUGCACUGAGCCUGCCUGUAUACCUUACAUGGACAGGACUGUGUACUGGGGAAACUUCGGGACUGGUCGGUACCGCCCAGACGCAUGCCAGAGCCACAGCCACAUUGGUACCCUCAGGGAACUCUGGAAGGCCGGACGGGCAGGGCUCGGAACACACUGGAAGGGCGGCUGGGCAGCGGGCUCUGAGAACCCCAGAUUACUGUGGGACUCAUCUCUGGUGGAGGACUUCGGGGUGAGGUGAGCUGGGUCGCUCAUCGAAUGUUUGGACGGGAUCAGAUGAUGAUGAUCGAUCUCAUCCGGGAUGGUCUCGCUCACAUCGAUGCGAGAGCCCAUUAUCCACAGGAUGAGAUCGAUAAACUCCCCAAUGGGUCGGUCCCUGAACUCGGGCGCCAGACACCGAUGGGAGCCAUCAUCCAACCCCAUCACAAAGUACGCAUUAAGUGAGCAAUCAUCCAAGCUCACGUGAUGGCUCAGUUCAAGGAAGUCCUCCACGUAUCUCUCCAGAGGACCAUCCUGGCUGAGGUGGUACCUCAUAUUGUCCUCUAGAGAGUCGCAAGUAAUCCAUAUAUCAGUCUGGUAUUCUGUAACAUUCACUGAUGACAGACGAAUCCACGAGGAACAGGAGGUGAGUGAAAAAGGUUUAAUAAACAAAAGGUGAUAACAGGAACCAAACUGGGUAAUCAAAAACAUCCACAGGAACAAAGAGGGUAAUCCAAAUGACAUCCACGGAACAAACAGGGUACCACACCGAGCAAAAUCUUCCACAGAACACGGUAACAUAUUACAAUAAUACCAGACAAAUAACUGAACCAAGAGGAGAACUUAAAUAGAACAGAUAACAAGGUGAAAACAGGUGAUGGGAAUGAACUAAUGAGGAACAGGUGAAAACAGUCAAUGAUGAGGGAGCGUGGGAAAAGUAACGUCCUUGGGCAUAAACGGGGGAAACAAGACUAGGGACCAAUGGGAGUGUCACAUUUAUAAAGAAGUCAACCAAUUACAUUCAGACUUAAGUUAAAUAUGAAUUAGUACACAAAUCCCAUCAAUUCAAGUCACUGAUUAACCCCCUAAAAAAGUAUGACUGUUCCCCAAAGGAUUUUUCUGACAAUCAAUUUGGUAACAUCCAAUUAAACACUGAAAGCAUACUUGGCAGAUUCAGGACCUCAUUGUUGAAAAAUAUAAAUUGGGAGAGGGUUACAAAAAAUAAUCCAGGGCAUUGAAUAUACCAUGGAACAAUGUAAAGACAGUAAUCAACAAAGUGAGAAAUAUAGGCCACAACAGUGACAUUGGUAAGACCAGGACAUCCCACUAAAAUUGACGUGCAGAAUAGGAAAAAACUGGUAAUGACGACUGCCAAGAGGCCUGCAGCAAAAUUAAAAGAAUUGCAACCAUUUCUGGCAAGUACUGGUUGCUCCUUACAUGUGACAACAAUCUCCCCAAUUCUUCAUAUGACUGGGCUAUGGGGGAUGGCAACUUUUUAUAACUAAAAUAAACAUCCAAGCCUGGCUAAAAUGAGCAAAAAAUACAUUUAAUCUCCCAUAACCAUGUGGAAUGAUGUUAUGAUGCCAAAUCAAACUUUUUGGCCAUUACACCAAAAGAUAUGUUUGGUGCAAAAAAACACAGCACAUCACCAAAAUUACACCAUCCCAACAGCAAAGCACGGAGAUGGCAGCAUCAUGCUUCGGGGCUGCUUUUCUUCAGCUGGAACUGAGGCUUUUAUCAGGGUGGAUGGAAUAAUAAAUAGCUCCAAAUACCAGUCAAUUUUGGCCCAAACCCUUAAGGCUUCUGUCAAAACACUUAAAGUGAUACUUCACCCAAAAAUGAAAAUUCUGUCAUCAUUGACUCACCUUCGAGUUGUUCCAAAUCUGUAUACAUUUCUUUGUUCUGAUGAACACAGAGAAAAAUAUUUGGAAGAAAUUGACUCCCAUAGUAGGAAAAAAUACAAUGGUAGUCAAAAGUGCCCCAGAACUAUUUGCUGUCCUACAUUCUUCUAAAUGUCUUCUUUUGUGUACAAAAAAAAUGAUAAAGUAUUUUUUCCUACUAUGGAAGUCCAUUUUUAUUUUUGGGUGAAGUAUCACUUUAAGAUUAAGAAGAAUUUCACCUUUCAGCAUGACAAUAACCUGAAUGAAUGACCUCCAAAUCAACAAAGGAAUGGUUUCACCAUAACAAGAUCUAAGGAAUGGUUUCACCAAAACAAGAUCAAAGAUUUUGAAUGGCCCAGCCAGAAUCCAGAUCUAAAUCCCAGUCUGCUCUGACAGUGAUGGCUGCUGCCCUGCUGUGUGUCUGGGCUGUGCACUGUUCGUCUGCACCAGAGGCUGUUUCUGAAGCCACUGAGUUCCCUGCUUCAUCGAAGAUGGCCGCUUCUGAGGCUGCAUCCAAAUACCCCCACUUGCGGUCUUUGCACUUGACCACUUGACUACUCUCAUGACGUAUUUCCUGUUUUUGGCCCUAGUGUUCUAGUGUGUGUGAAGAUCCCAAGUGAGCAUGUAGUAUUUCUAACCCGAUGGGACACACUUAGCAAGUGCAAACAUAUAACGUUAAUUAAUGUGGUGUUUCUAAUUAUGUGAUAAAAAGCAGUUUUACAAAACACAACUCACCAAUAAAAUGUGUAACACUACGUUUUACUACGAAAUUAUAUGUAAUAUCUAAUUAUAUAGUCAAGUCAGAUUUAUUUUUAUAGUGCUUUAUUUGUAUUGUAUCAAAGCAGCUGUACCCAAAAAAGCAAAAACAAAAGAAAAUCACAUGUUAGUCAAACAUAGAAUAAAUAAAUAUAACUUUUUAUUCUUAUUGUUAUUCACUUAAAUAUAGUGAAAUAUUUAUUUACUAUAAAUAAAAAAGAUCGAAUCAUCCUCAAGGGCUGUGUGGCUUUAAGGGGGUUUUAUAGGUUGUGGUUAAAAUAAAAUAAAAAUGAUUUUUAAAAUGAAAUACUUGCAAAUAGUUAAAUGCAUUGAACAAUAAAUUCCACAACCUUUGUAUGGUCUGUGCUCAAAAUUGAAAGGGACAGUUCACCUAAAAUUGGAAGUAAUGAAAUUAUCAAAUGUUUUAAUAAUCACAAUACACUUGUAAUGCAAGGUUUAUGUGUUUUUGUUUUUAUGACAUUCCUACAUCCCAAACACAUCUACAACUAAUAGAAUUGGGUGUGUUAGGUUUAAAGUGUGAUAAUAUCAAGCAAAUAAUCAAACAUUGAUAAUAGUCAAUUGUAUUGGGGGCACAGGGGGACCCCCGAAUAAAAUUCUGCUCAGGGCCCCGUAAAGGCUCGAGCCGGCCCUGACUUUGGGAGUAACAAAACUUAAAGGUUAGCAAAAAGAAAAAACAGUUUGAAAAAGGAAAUAUCAGUGUAUAUAAAAUAUAAAGCGUCGCAAUUUUCAGUGCUUGGACUUUUGCUGACAGCUUGGUUUUAUCCAGUUCCAUUAGGAUUUUCUCAAAUGCUUCAAGCGUGUACUUGAGGUCUUUAUGAUUGUUAAGAUUAAGGGCAUAAAUGAGUCCAAAAAGCAUCCCACAUCCAAGGGUAACACUCACACACAUUCAAGUGCCAUACCAACAUCUGUAGGUUCGUCUUCAGGAUCAACACCUUCUGACCAAAUGACGUAGAUUGUUAUUGUUGUUGUCUGUACUGUACAAUCCCAGAUUUAGCCUCUUUACUUUCAUAGUCCUGGAGGAUAAACAGGGAAGAAUAAAUUUUGUCCCAAUGCCAAUCACAGUGUUAUAAAGCAUGUUGUUUUGCAAACAAACAUGACACUUUAUAUAUCGUCGCUGUCGGGCGGAAUCCUCGCAUCUCCAAAACCAUUAUUUUUCAGGAAAUUAAAAAAAACUACAUAUUUUUUGAGUUAUUAAACAUUGUAUCGUUAAAGUUGGUAUCAUACCUUAUAUUGCUAUCAUAUACUGUUGUGUACCAACAUUAACACAACAUUUCCCCAAAACCAUGUUUAAUCGGAGAUACAAGGUUUAUGACUUGGGAGCAGGGAGAUACGAGAUUACGCUGCCAUUGAUAAGAAUGGUACGGACACAGACGUCGCUGCUGCCAGCAGUGUUCAUCAAAGUCUGCGGUCACGUUGAGCCUUUUGACAAGAGACGAGGCUUUAAAAGCUAAUGAAAGCUAAUGAUUGUGGUUACAUACAUCUUCCUAAACUCUAUUUUAAACGUUAGAGCUAUGAGUGAUGCAAUACCAAAAUAAAACGUUAAACAGGCUGUCUAAUAUAGGCGGAAAUUAAUCUGCACGCAAAUAAA